CGGUCCAUCAUCAGCGACGUCAAAAGAAUGCGAAAGCGAAGUUUGAAAAUGUUGCUUCAAGAAAAUAAAUAAUAAUGUUGUUUCUUCAUGGAAUUACCGAAAUUUUAUCUGAUUCGAGGCUUUCGUAAAGAGAAGUGAGCAAAGAUGCAGCGCAUAAAAGCGGAAUUGACUGGUUUUGAGCCGUUUCAGGAAAACUUUUUGCUGAAAAUAUUGAACUCCAAACGGCUGCUAAUCGAUCACGUCGAACUGCUUGAAGAAUGCCUAUCGCAUUUCAAGUUCACCACCGGAAGCGAACCUCAUCGGAUUACCUCCAGCAAACUGUUCCUCGCCAGUGCCUUAACUAGUUCCAGUUUGGUUCUAUUUAAUAGGAACAAUCGCCUGAAAUGGAUACCAUUCACAGUUGGGACUGCAUCACUUUUCUACGGUACACUGUACGCUUCCAAGUGGAUCUAUGCCUAUCGUUUCCGCAGACGGCUUAGCCUUCUGGAAUCGUUACUAAAGUCCUUGGAAAAUUUUGAACUGGCCGUUAAGAAAAAUUUGCUCUUCCUAAACGAAAGCCAACACAUGCGGACAGUGCAGCUGCGUUUGGAAAAGUUCGGUCCAAUGGAGGACUUUGUCGGCAGUUGCGCGCAAUCCUGCUUAGAAACUGUUCGACUUAUUCAUAGUUCGGUGAAGCAGUUGGAAAGCGAUAGUCCUUUGCAUGAACAAUGGGAAGACUUUUACUCGCCGAUGGAACCUCUCGAAGAUUGUGCGCUAUUUUCUGAGCCCUUGUCCAAGCAUGGAAUGGACUCUAAGAUGAUAAAAGAUCUGUACAACAUAUUUGCAUAUGUCCAGUCACAGCUUCUUACCCGACUUGCAUUGGCAGUUGCAUCUGAUGAGUCAGAUAUAUCGGGCUAUGGGCUCACCGAGCUACCCAAUCUCAUCAACAUCCAACGAGAUGAAUGCCUCAAAUAUCUCAAUCGAAUUGUUCAACCAAAACGUAACUCGAUAACCAGGAAUAUAAUUCAGUCCGUUGCGAUUCCUCCUGAAGUAGCCCAACUUCAAACGUUGUCAGUUGCCCUAUCCAUGAAGCUUCUGCAAACCGUCGAUUGUUUCAAUCACUACGAACAAUACCUAGGCGCCACCAUUCAUAAUUUCGAUGAAAAGGAUUUUGGGGAAAAACUAGAGCACGCGGAAAAACCUUUGGAGUUUGUUGUCCAGGAACUGGCGGCCUCCGAAGAGGAGUGUCAACGACUUCUUAUACUCGUUAAGAAGUUUCUCAAUCGACCUGACGAAAUACCUCCGGUUGCCCCCAUUCUUACGGAAAAAUCUGUUGAUGCAGAAGAAAACAACCUUCAAGAAAACUUCAAACCGCCCGCUACAGACGAAUUCUUCGCCGUUGACGGAACCCUCCCGGAUGAAUCAGACUCCGAAGAAGAACUUGCAAAUAAACGAAAACCAUCCUGCGACGAUCUCGAAGCUCUGAACAGUAAAAUAGUCAAGCGACACUUCAAACCGGUGUUGGAGCAACUUCGGGGACGAAUCGAACCGAUCGGUUUGGAUUUCAGGGAGAAGGAACGCCGGGCACUGCAAGACAAAGGCAUUAAGGUGGAAGAGUUCGAUGAUGCUACCGAAAAUGGAUCCGGAAGGAAGUCUUAUAGUGAAGAAUCUGGAACCGAUGAUGAUGAUGAUGCUGUUGUGGAAGAACGCAAUGCCCGCAAGCUACAACGAAGUGUUCAACGUUACGAUGAUAUGAGAGAGUUUUUGGCUGCCAAGCAGCAAACGAACAUCUUCCGAUUGCCUCCGAUGGCAAGCGUUGUUAGUGAGGACGUUUUAGAAUGAGAUUAAGAAUAAAAGUGAAAUUAUUUAUUGCUAGUGUCAAGAA